UCUAAUCCAGCCAGAAAAGCAUAACCCAAGGGGCCACACGUCACUCUCUAACCGUACCGAAAGUCCGAAACUCAAACCUUCUCCCUUUCACGCCAAAUCGGCGGCUUGCUCAACUUUUUUCAUUGUACCGGCAAAUCUUAUGCUAUUUAUCUCUCCUUUCUGUUAACAAAGCCACGAACUCCUUGGCAUUCCCUCUAUAACGCCAAGCUCUUACAGAAAUUUUUUUUUUUGCUUCAGCAAUGGCGGAGUUGUUCAGCUCUGUUUAUCAUUUCUCUAGCGAAACAAAGCCUUUGGUUUCUUUCUUUGGGGUUUGUUAGGUUGUGUUGCGAGAGAGAGGAGGGGGGAGGGGGAGAGGGAGAGAAAUUGGAUGGCGGUGGAGUACAAAUGUUGCGAGACGGAUUUCUUUAUUCACAUAUUGUUAAUAGUAUUGUUGGUGCUGUUCGCUGGGUUGAUGUCGGGGCUUACUCUGGGCCUUAUGUCCAUGAGUCUCGUUGAUCUUGAGGUUCUUGCUAAGUCUGGUACUCCCAAAGAUCGUAAACAUGCUGCAAAGAUAUUACCGGUUGUCAAAAAGCAGCAUUUGUUGCUUUGUACUUUACUUAUAUAUAAUGCUGCUGCAAUGGAGGCACUUCCCAUCUUUCUUGAUAGUCUGGUCACAGCUUGGGGUGCUAUCCUGAUUUCAGUGACCUUGAUUCUUCUGUUUGGUGAGAUAAUACCACAAUCUGUUUGUUCUCGACAUGGUUUGGCAAUUGGUGCAACGGUGGCUCCAAUGGUGCAAGUUCUUGUUUGGAUCUGUUUUCCUGUUGCCUACCCGAUAAGCAAGCUGUUAGACUUUCUGCUGGGCCAUGGACAUGUGGCACUUUUUCGAAGAGCUGAGUUGAAAACCCUAGUAAAUUUGCAUGGUAACGAGGCUGGAAAAGGAGGUGAACUGACACAUGAUGAGACAACAAUCAUAGCUGGAGCACUUGAGCUCACUGAGAAAGCAGCUAAAGAUGCCAUGACUCCUAUAUCAGAAACAUUUGCCAUUGAUAUUAACGUCAAGCUUGACAGGGAAUUGAUGAGUUUAAUUUUGGAGAAAGGACACAGCAGAGUGCCAGUUUAUUAUGAGCAGCCCACAAACAUAAUUGGACUCAUUCUGGUCAAGAAUUUAUUGACAAUUCACCCUGAAGAUGAAGUUCCUGUGAAAAGUGUUACCAUACGAAGGAUUCCAAGGGUUCAAGAAACAUUGCCAUUGUAUGAUAUAUUAAAUGAAUUUCAAAAAGGUCACAGCCACAUGGCCGUUGUUGUGAGACAGUGCAACAAGACAGAGCAGCCGCCUUCUAGUAACUCUGCUGGGAGUCCCUUGCCGGAAGUGAAAGUAGACAUUGAUGGUGACAAAGCUUCUCAAGAGAAUACUUUAAGACGCAAGAGAUCACUUAAGAAGUGGAAGAGCUUUCCUGCUACUAGCAAUUCUUUCAAGAGUGGUUCUCGGAGCAAGAAGUGGACAAAGGGUGUUGAUUCAGACAUUCUACAUCUAAAUGGCAACCCACUCCCGAAGCUACCUGAAGAAGAGGAGGCUGUUGGCAUAAUAACAAUGGAAGAUGUCAUUGAAGAGCUUUUGCAGGAGGAGAUCUUUGACGAGACAGAUCAUCAUUACGAGGACUCAUGACAUUUGUCUUGUCGAGAAGUUUUCUGCGACACAGAUGAUGAUGAAAAAAAUUUGUUAUUCUAUUUUGGCAUGUAGUUAAAUUUGGUUCAAUAGAGCUUAUGAUAGGCAUAUGAUAGACUGUUCUGGUUGUAUGCAAAUGCAGUCGGCAGUUGAGGAGUGAAAUGAGGAAACUCUCUUGUAUUUUUGGAUCGAUGUUAAAGAAACAUGUGUAUGUAAUUGCUGAUGGAAGAGACAAAUUGCUGAGCAAGGAGCCAAAAAAAAAAAAAGAAAAGAAAAAGGAGUUGUCUGUAUAAAUGUGACUGUCUAAAUUGUGGUGAAUUACAUAUGGUUGCUCAUCUCACUCCCAGCAGCCAAUCUGCGCCA